GAGUAAAGAUGAAACGGUUGCGAUUUGAUGACGAGCAAGGAAGUAGCUGGCUCUCUAUGAGACGAAUGUUCAAUUGUAGACAAGAGGAGAAGGUCAACGCAAUUCGGGCUUGCGCGGGAGAAAUUAGAUUCAACGCAUGCGAAUAUCUCAUUAAUUGGUCGAAAAAUCUAGAAAUGGUGGAAAAUUCGUUGAUCAACAUGCGCACUAAACUGUUCCUCAACUAUAAUCUCGAGGAAGUUUCUAUAACAGGCCAGAUAUUGAUGGAAACGGCGGCGGAGCGGGCAGCAAAAGUGGCGAAAGAAGCAGCAUCCCAUCACAAACUGAUGCAUUUGCAUAUAUCAAAAAUGGGAAGGCUUAUUGACAAACAGGUGGACCGGCAUUUCAUUACUCCAUUUAGGGGAACUUUCGAUUUGAAUGACUCCAAGUUGAGCAGACAACUCACGAUAGCGAUGAUUUACGACUUUUCAAUGUGUAAUGGGCUAACCGAUACAGGAGUUGCGCUGAAAAAGAUGUCUGAUGUGGAUGAGAAGUAUUCCAUCACAGAGCCGGACACACUUCAACAAAUUGUUAGUGAUUUACGAGAAGGAGAUAUUGAAUCAUCUUUGGACUACCUGGAAGCUGCUCAGCCAGAAGAAGACGGGAACAUCAGAACAUACCUCCACACCCAAUUGAUCACUGAUAAUAUCGAACUAGGCUCGAAUAACUAUGACAAAGCCGUGAAAGAUCUGAGAAGAUUCAAGUCACCAUUCGUCGACGACAGGCAAAAGUUCAAGCACUUGGUCGGAGCACUUCUUGUCGGAAAACCAUCGAUGAUUGAUAUAAGAUACAAGUAUCUUUUCGACUUCACAAAUCGUGAAAUUCUAACGUUGAAAAUGGCGUCUUUCUUCAUACCCUACGAAGCCCCGUUAAAAAAUUUAAUGCGAUUUGGCAUGCAUGCAAUGAUCCAACUCGGUGAUCUAUUUCCCGUCGGUUUUGCUCCUGCAGCAAUCGAUGAUAAUGAACUUCCGAUUGAAAUCGGCUUCCACGCAACACAUUCCUCGUUUACCUGUCCGAUUCUGAAAGAGCAGUGUGACGCGGAAAAUCCUCCAAUGCGGUUGAUUUGUGGCCAUGUCAUAUCUAAAGAUGCAAUCAAUCGUUUGACAACAAGCAUUCGUCAGCAAAGAAAUAGUUCGAGACUCUCAAAAUUCAAAUGCCCGUAUUGCCCACGCGAGCAAUUACUGGAAAACACCAGGCAAGUGGAUUUUCUGAAGUGGUGUGAAUCUGAUUACACUGAUGAGGAAGUUCAACUAUUCCAGUUUUUUAACUAAUUUCAGAAUUUAAAAAUUUUUAAAUUUAUUUUUUUUCUAUCGUUGUAUAGCUAUAGAAUACGCCUCCAGACCUCCAAAUACUUGUGAUUAGAAAUGCCUUUUUUUGAAAUCAAUACCCGUAAAAACUCUAUGUUUUAAUUGUAAAUACAAAUACUCAUAUAAGUUAACCUUUUUGCCAUAUUGGCGCACUUUUUUUGCUUUUCAUAUUUACACUUUGCAAAAAUGAAACUGUUCAGGUGAAU